AUGUGGAACCACCCAAUUCUCCAAAAGUUGGAAAAAUGCCACAGCCUGAACACCCUUAAGCAAGUCCAUUCUCAAAUGGUAACAACUGGUCUUUCACUCCACACAUACUAUCUCAGUCACCUCCUUAACACAUCCUCCAAAUUUUCCUCAGCCUAUGCUAUUACCAUCUUUAACUGUAUCCAUAGCCCAACAGUUUUCCUCUACAAUACACUCAUUUCUUCAUACACUCGUCACGGUGACCAAAUUCAUCUAGCCUUCUCACUUUAUAACCAGAUUCUCACCCACAAGACCCUUCAACCCAAUAGCUUCACUUUUCCCUCCCUCUUCAAGGCUUGUCGCUUUGAUCCAUGGCUCCAACAUGGUCCUCCCCUCCAUGCCCAUGUUUUGAAAUUCCUUCAACCCCCCUAUGACCUCUUUGUCCAAAAUUCAUUGCUCAAUUUCUAUGCCAAAUAUGGGAAAUUGUGUGCGACUAAAUAUUUGUUCAAUCAAAUCAGUGAACCUGACCUGGCCACUUGGAAUACCAUGUUGGCUGCCUACGCACAAAGUGCAAGUCAUGUUAGUUACUCAACAAAUUUUGAAGAUGCUGAUAUGUCCUCAGAGGCAUUGUAUAUGUUCAUAGACAUGCAGUUGUCUCAAAGAAAGCCUAAUGAAGUUACACUUGUGGCAUUGAUCAGUGCAUGUUCUAAUUUAGGUGCACUUAGUCAGGGUGCUUGGGCACAUGGUUAUGUGUUAAGGAACAAUCUUGAACUGAAUCGAUUUGUGGGAACUGCACUGGUAGAUAUGUAUUCUAAAUGUGGCUGUCUGAAUCUAGCAUGCCAAUUGUUUGAUCAGCUGUCUGAGAGGGACACGUUUUGCUUUAAUGCCAUGAUUGGGGGGUUUGCAGUUUAUGGUCACGGGAGUCGGGCACUUGAACUGUAUAGAAAGAUGAAAGUUGAGGGCCUGGUUCCUGAUGGUGCAACUAUUGUAGUUACUAUGUUUGCCUGCUCUCACAGUGGAAUGGUAGAGGAGGGCCUCGAGAUUUUCGAGUCCAUGAAGGGGGUUCAUGGAAUGGAGCCAAAACUUGAGCAUUAUGGAUGCCUAAUCGAUCUUCUGGGUCGAGCUGGGAGAUUAAAGGAGGCAAAGGAAAGGUUACAAGCUAUGCCCAUGAAACCAAAUGCAAUUUUGUGGAGGUCUUUACUUGGUGCAGCAAAACUUCAUGGCAACUUAGAGAUGGGGGAAGCUGCUCUCAAACACUUAACAGAGCUAGAACCAGAAACAAGUGGAAACUAUGUGCUUCUGUCAAAUAUGUACGCUAACAUGGCUCGGUGGAAUGAUGUGAAGAGAGUGAGGGUGCAGAUGAAAGAUCGUGGGGUUGACAAGUUGCCUGGAUUUAGCUUAGUCGAUAUUAAUGGAGCUAUGCAUGAAUUUCUCACAGGUGACAAAGCUCAUCCAUUUUCAGAAGAAAUAUAUUUGAAGAUUGGGGAAAUAAAUAGAAGAUUACAAGAAUGUGGUCACAAACCAAGAACAUCAGAAGUUUUGUUUGAUGUAGAAGAAGAAGAUAAGGAAGAUUUCCUUUCUUACCACAGUGAAAGGCUAGCUAUAGCGUUUGCACUAGUAGCAUCUCCUUCAAGUUUGCCUAUAAGAAUUAUAAAAAACCUUAGAGUUUGUGGGGAUUGCCAUGCUAUUACCAAGCUAAUAUCAAUGGCAUAUCAAAGAGAUAUUAUAGUUAGAGAUCGAAAUCGGUUUCACCAUUUUAAGGACGGGAGUUGUUCUUGUCUAGACUACUGGUGA